AUGGUCCUUUUGAACUGGAUGCCCAUAUGUCAAUGGCAGGCCUACUGUGACCAUUUUGCUGCAGGCCCGUCGAGGCUGAUGCAACAUUACUUCGACUUCUACGAUUACGUGCUGGAGCCAAGGAACUGGCCGCGGUGCAAUUUUCCACAGGGCGACAAGGUCCUGCGAAGGCACUGGGCUCACGACUGCAACUACAUUGAGCUCAUCAUGGAAAGGUAUCUCGGCGAUCGGCGAAUUCCUGUCCGGUAUACUAGAAAUGCCUGCUUCGUUCGCCUUCGACAAUGCGGUCAGCCAGCCCUGGAAGAUCAUUGCAACGAGGCAGCUUCUGGAACCUUUCCGGAUGAUCUUGCAAAAUGGCGCCAUCUGCACCUCAAGGGAAUGGAA